CUCGAAGGUAUAAUAUCUCUCACCACCAACCUUGUCGGCUCCAUCGACCAAGCCUUCAAAUCCCGUAUCUACCUCUCCCUCUCCAACCCUCGUCUCAACCCGCAAGCUCGCCGCCGCAUCUGGGAAAACUUCAUCAAGAAGGGCUUUUCCGAGUACCAGCUACGAUGGGUGAACAAUAAGUUUCUAGACACGGUGGCCAAGGAGGAAAUCAGAGCGCUAAAUCCAGAAUAUCGCCGCAUGGCAUAUGCACUUGCUGUUAACGCAAUGAGAGGUGCAGCCGGAGGACAUCACGGUGGGACUAGAGGCGCUAAAGGAUUUUGA